CCCCGGUUCUCUUCUCAUUACUGCUCAUUCUCUCCAUGAGCUGUCAGAUACUAAUCCACAUACACACACGGAGCCCCUGCGUGUCGGAGCAAAGCCCCGCUCCCUCUAGCCUGUCCUCUGCUGCGGAGCCGCAGCUGCUCUGGUUUUGCGGGCUGCGCGGAGCCUCGUCGUGACAAAGAGUUUUGGGGGAAUCGUUUGGAAGGAGGAGUGAGCCGCGCAGGAAGAAGGUGGUGUCCUGCUAUUACAUGCGAGGACUCCAACAUACGGCUGAAUGCAUGAGGCUGUGAAAGAGAGUACAGAAGGGAGGGAUCUCAAGGCUUUCCAUCGUAGAGAGAGGAUACAAUCUGUGACUUGUCCCCUACUAUUUUGCAGCUAUGUUGGAGCCCACAAAUGUUCUUCAGCCUUGCAAGGAAAAUGGGUUCUCUUUUUACAUCUCUUUGCUCUGUAGUUGGGUAUGGGCCAGAGCAACAUAAAGCCUUCCUGGCCCUGAAAGAGACCCCUGGGGCUGUUCUUUGGAGGUAUUUGUGAUAACUCUGCUGGAUCUUCUGCUGUCACCAUCCUCUGUGGUUUUCAUUAGUGGCUAAUGAGCUGCUGCUUGAAAGGAAAGGGAGAAUGCGCCUGUGGAGAGAGGCAGGACCUUACAGCUGUUAUUAAGAGACCAAAAAAUCUCAGACAAGGAUGUCUUUGCCCUUCCAAAUCAACAACAAAAAAUUGAACCCUUUAAAAGGAGCUUUGGAAGCAUGGACUUUUUCUAAGAUUGGAUGUUGUUUUGACGUGUCUCUCUUUUCUGGUCUUAAUUAUUAAGACUUUGUUUUUGUGUUUGAAAUAUAUCUGUUGACAAUUAUGCAAUUGAGAUCAGAGACAAAAUAUUCUAUCAAGAUAAUUCAAUCAAUGAACGUGUGCUGAAAAACCUUAACAAGAGGACCUUUUAUGAAACUGUUAAACAUUCAGCAGUUGUAAAUUUUAUUAUCUUUACCCAUCAUAUGUCUUGAAAAGAAUUGACCAGCAUGGCAGCAGCCUAUCGUGUAGUUGUAAGCAGUGUCAGCUGCUACAACAGUGUGGUGGUAGACCGACGUGUUCAAUGCCAAGCUGUGCACUACUGUGCAGGGCCAUGUGGGGCACAGUCUAAAGGUUUGGACUGUACCGUUGCACAUCGAGGCACAUGCUCUGAGCUCCUAGUUGCCCCUGAAUCUACAUACAAUGAUUUCAACGGCUCACCAACACACACCCAUACCAUAAUUUCUCAGCAUCUUCCUAACCAUGGUAAACUUUGUAUUUCUAUGGAUCCCAUUCAAAAUGGAGGUUUGGAGAGGGCAGACAGCAGUGGCAAUUUGUCUUUAGGGGAGGACAGCCCCACAUGGCGGGGUAAAAAGACUUCUACUACUGGAGGAUCUAUUGGGAAUCUAAGUUGCUCUGGCAGCCUGAAGGACAUCACUGAAGAGGCUAUUAACCUGGCCAGCGGCAAGCUCAAAGAGUUCUCUUUUGACAAGCUCCGCCUGUCCUCCUCUAGUCAUGUUACUCUCCGCAAAGGUCGUAAAGUGCGCCCUGACUCUUUUAGUCGUCGCUCAACUGACCUGGAAAUAAUCUAUGGCCACUUUAGCUCGAGUCUAACAACAAGCACAACAACUAAUACUAUGACAAAUGGCAUAGUUACUUCCAAUGACGAGAAUGUGCCACCAUUUGUUUUAGGGAAAGGGAAUGGAGUGGAUGGAGCAAAGCUAAAGGGUAGCUCUGGUGCUCUUUCAGCCACCACAAAAAUUGGUAGUGGGUCCACCAGCAGCCUUUCAAGUAUUGGGACACUCGACCAGAGUCUAAACACCGUGGCCUCCCUGUACCGCACUACCUUUGGAGAGGAGAACCUUAUUGCCCGACUUCUAGAAAAGACAAGGGCAGAGGCUGGAAGCGGAGGAGCAGGUGGUGAAGACAUCCGUGCUUGCCUUGACAUCCUGCUUAAAUGCUCUGAGGACUUAAAGAAAUGCACUGACAUUAUCAAGCAAUGCAUAAGGCGCAAAGCAGGUGGAGGGCCAGAGGAUGGAGGUACAAAUCCUGACAGCAUUUAUCGGGCAGUGAUGACCCGACUUAGCUCUUAUCUCAAGAGGCUUCCUUUGGAGCUGGAAGGAGUUGGAAAUUUAGGAGGAACGGGUCACGGCAGUCAAGGUGCACCUGGAAGUGGACACAGUGACCUGGCUGAAUUGAUUAACACUAUUCACUCUAUACAGCAAGGACCUUUUUCUCCGAUCUUUGGCAAUGAGCAACCUCCUCGCUAUGAAGAUGUGGUGCAGUCACCUCCCAUCUCCAAGACUCAUUUACACUCCACAUCUUCUACUCCUUCCUCCGUCACAACUUCAUCCACAUUAUUAAGAUCAGAUUCUCUUCAUACCAAAUCAGUCCAGAGUUCAGUCUCUCAAAAGGGUAUAUCAUAUAGUAAUGGACUACAGCCCACACAUGCUUCUUUGAACACCCAACACACUCUGUCUCCCCCACCUGUUAUAUGUUCGACCUCCAGUUCGUCUCCAAAACACUCAACCACCCCUCCAAGAAACUCUCCAACACCAUCAUACACACACACUCCCUCAAUAUCGCCUAUGGAAGCUCUAUAUAUUGAGGAGGAAGAGGGAGAAGUCGCAAAGACUACGGAUCAAAUCUCACGGCUGACACACACUCCAACCAGAGUGAUUAACAAUACCCAUAACAAUAUUGUAAGUGUUAUGGGAACACAACCACACCUUUUCCAAUCCAACACAAUUAAUAACUCGUCAAAUUGCUUGCCAGGCAGCUCUGGCUACAUUCCCACUUGGCCAUCCUCCUCCUCAACAGUGUCAACAGCCAAAGGUGCUUCGCACAGAAAUGAUGACAUUGAUAAACUUCUAAUGGACUUGGAGAAUCUCUCUCAGAGUAUGAGCCACCCAAAAACCAUAGAACCUCCACUUCCAGCUAAGACCAGGAAGAGAGCAGGAGCACAAGGGAUUGUCUCACAUGAGUCUUUCACUCAAGCCAGAAUACCCCAGUACCAAGUACAAAAACCAGCCAACCACCUUGGCGUGAAUGGUGUUAAUUACAGGGUAACCCUGAGUCCCACUCCUCCUCAGGAAGUAAACAAUGAAACUGGGACUGGAGAGGAAGAGGAUGGAGUACUUUUGUUGAGAAUUCUUGAAAGCAUCGAGAGUUUUGCUCAAGAGCUUGUUGAUUCAGGUGCUGGGAGUACAGGUAGUGCUGAGAGAAAAUCUGGAAAGGAGAGGGAGGUGAUGAGGCUCCUGCAGGACACACUGGUCACAGCCAGUAGGGCUGAUAGCCCAAACAGCACAACCCCAGCAGUAGUUUCCACUGCCCCCUCAAUGCACACAGUUGAAGUUCAACAUGUAGCUUCAAACCACUCCCAGGAAAAUGCAUCUACAGUGUCACCUAAACCAGCAUCUGAUGCUGACCAUAAUGCUACAAUUGAAUCAGAACCUAAACCUUUAACAGAUGCUGCUACAGAACAUUUGUCUGACCUUGUGCCUGACGGAACUGCUCAAGCUCCUAAAGUUGAGUUUCAUCCAGAAUCCCCUAAUGACUCUGGAUGUGCAAACCCUGAAAUGUCUACUGUUUUAGAUGAGUCUGUACCUCCAUCCUCUCUAGAAGCAUCAUCUCCUGUUACCCUCUCAGUCACAGAAGAUAUUGUCAUAGCUGAUGGUGAUCCAUGUGAUUUAAGAGAAGCUGGUUCUACCCUCCUCAUUCAGCAGACUCCAGAGGUCAUCAAGCUCCAGCCCAGACCAGAAAAGAAGCCAGGAACACCUCCUCCUGCACCCCCCACCAUCGCGGCCUCUCCACCCCCGGCACCGCGCUCGCCAAGCCCUCCUCCUGCCCCCGUUAUCGUCGCACCCCCCCCUCCUGCCGUUAACAUUCCCAGGUUCUACUACCCCCGUGGGCUCCCUGCCCUUGGCCAGGCUGCCAACCACGAUGCGACCAUUGCUGCCAUAGAGACGGCCUUCGCAGAGUUCGAGGAGGAGAAGGCUAACAUUUAUGAAAUGGGGAGGAUUGCAAAGGUGUGUGGGUGUCCACUUUACUGGAAAGCUCCCAUGUUUUAUGCUGCUGGUGGUGAGAGGAAAGGCUGUGUUUCAGUUCAUUCAUUCGUUGCAACAUGGAGGAAGUUGUUGCACAGUUUUCAUGAUGAUUCAUCCAGGUUUAUUUACCUGUUAGCUAAACCUGGGCUUAACUCUUUGGAACAGGAAGACUUCAUUCCUCUACUCCAGGACAUUGUGGACACACAUCCAGGGCUCACGUUUUUGAAGGAUGCACCUGAAUUCCAUUCACGCUACAUUACAACGGUGAUCCAGCGGAUAUUUUAUGUGGUGAACCGCUCCUGGACGGGCCGCAUCACUAUGACUGAGCUGCGCAGGAGUAACUUUCUGCAGACCCUGGCCCUCCUGGAAGAAGAGGACGACAUCAACCAGAUCACAGACUACUUCUCCUACGAACACUUCUAUGUUAUCUACUGCAAGUUCUGGGAGCUGGACACUGACCAUGACCUCUACAUUGAUCCCAAGGACCUGGCAAGAUACAACGACCACACAUCUUCAAACAGAAUCAUCGACAGGUUGUUUUCCGGUGCUGUUACCAGGGGCAACGCUGUGCAGAUAGAAGGCAGGAUGAGCUAUGCGGAGUUUGUCUGGUUCCUCUUGUCUGAGGAAGACAAGAAAAAUCCAACUAGUAUAGAGUACUGGUUUCGCUGCAUGGAUGUUGAUGGUGAUGGUGUCCUGUCUAUGUUCGAGUUGGAAUACUUUUAUGAAGAGCAGUGUGAGAGGAUGGAGAGAAUGGGCAUCGAACCCCUGCCAUUCCAGGAUUUGCUCUGCCAGAUGCUUGACUUGGUCAAGCCUGAGAAUCCAGGUAAGAUAACCCUAAGUGAUCUGAAGCGCUGCAGGAUGGCUCACAUAUUCUUCGACACCUUCUUUAAUCUGGAAAAGUACCUGGACCACGAGCAAAGAGAUCCAUUUGCAGUGCAAAAGGACUUUGACAGUGAAGGUCCAGAGCCAUCUGACUGGGAUAAAUAUGCUGCAGAAGAGUAUGAGAUAUUGGUUGCAGAGGAGACUGCAAACGAACAGCUCCAUGACGGGACAUUUGAUGAGGACUAUGAAUCUGAAGAGCUUCAAAUACCAGGAGAGAUUGGAAAUAAAAUGGAGAAACUGGUCAUAUCCGACCUGUCGGAAUAAAUCUCCUAACAUUGAAUUGCUAGAUGUUCAGUGUGAGGAUGACACUUAGGAUCCACACGACAAAGGACUUCCUGGCAUGCAUAUUGAAGACGGUGUGGCUGCAGAGACCCCCCCUAAGGAUGGGGUUUAUAAGUGUGUUGUGUUUUCACAUUUCUGUUUUAUUGUGUAAGAGAUGCAGUUAUGCAUUUACACACAAAGACUUUACAAUAUUACUGCUCUUUGAGCAUUUGAGAAGAAGAAAGAUAGAGAUAGUGGAGAAAAAGCUGUUGAGAAUAUGGGGAAAAAACUUCUUAACUUUAAAAUUUUUAUCUUUCUCUUGUGAAUUCUCAACUGACAAUCAUGCCAAAAGACAAUCUUUUCUUCUUUUUUAAUUAAGUUUUUAACAUUGCUGUGCCAAAGGUAGACUGACACAGAGUUCUUUGAAUUUAUAAAUACCACUGCCACUGGGGAUUGGCAGUCCUCCCUGUGCUUUCCUGUGACGUACCCGCAGACCCAGCCCUCAGGAACAUGCUGCGCAUACAGCUUGUCACUGCAUUUCGGGUAAAGGAAGUUGUUAACACCAAGGUCUCCUCAGGGAGAGGUCAUGUAACAGUUCGUGGCAUUUACAUCAGCACCUCCUCUCUGUGGCCAGAAUGGGAUACUGCAUGCUUGUCUCUGUGACUGCAUGUUGCAGGAUCGGAUCGCUUGCUUAUGCUUCCUUUGUGGAAGUCCAGUCUUCUCACUGCCUGAGCUGCACAUCGGUGCCAUCCUUCCCCCCAGAGUCCCUCCUCCAUUUAAAGUCAUAGACUGUAGCGUUUAAGCCCUGCAUCUUACGUGACGCUGGGGAAAGACGCACAUUAAAGGAAGCAUGCUACCAGUCAUAUCAAACUCUCUGGUAGGGUUGUCUGAACAUUUCCACAUGUAACCUCUGUGAUAAUGCAAACAGGUGUGUUUUAGUUUAGGAUCCGCGUCCCUCCUGCUGCUCCUGUUUGGCAUUUUUUUCUUUAAUUUAACACUUCCUUUUUUUUUUUUUAUCUCUAACGAGAUAGAUCUACCAGCAAAACCAACUGUCUCCUGUCGUCAUAGAGAGGUACAGUUCUUUAUUAAUAGUCUAUGUGAAAAUGGGGUGAAGUGUAAAAAAAAUUUUUUAUUUCAUCCACCACGUUGAGCCAUAUUCAACAUGUUGUUUGUAAAACAUAUUUUGUCCAGAUGUUAUCAUUCACAUGUAGAGGUAAAUGUAACUGAACUUCAUGAUGUCUCACACAAACAUUCACACAUAUUAGAACCUACUGAAAGAGGCCUCAUGCUUAUUUUGCAUCUGAAAUUAUUAAGUUAUUUCAUGCUAAACCGCGAGGAGCUCAAUUUGGCUUCUCUUGCUGAAACAGACUUUUUAUUUAAUUUUGGCUUCGACCUUUCUGCAGUGAAAGUCUACACUAUUGG